AUGACUCUGUUAUGGAUCACAGUCUUUAUGCUUCAUCAAGGAUAUGCCUUAGUUCCUGUGGUCACUGUUCAGAUUGGUGAACCUGUAACUUUUACCUGUGCAAAUAUGGAGAAAUUCACAACAACAUCAUGGCUUCACUGGUACAAGCAAACUUCUGGAGAUACUCUAAAAAUGAUUGUGAUGCAGAGAAAAAACCAAGAUCCCACUUAUAGACCACAAUUUCCUUCUUCAAGAUUCAAUAUAACAUGCGAUGAUAAAAUAAGCAACCUCACAAUUCUGAGGACAGUUGAACAAGACGAGGGAAUAUAUCACUGUGCUCUUACAGACUGGACAGGCUCUACUUGGAUGGGGACGUAUUUGAUGGUAAAAGGAAACUCAAAGAAGACAUCCAGCUACACUGUUGUUCACCAGUCAACAGCCUCAGAGUCGUCACGUCCAGAAGACUCAGAGACUCUGCAGUGUUCAGUCCUCUCUGAGUCAGAGAACAAUUCAUGUUCAGAAGAUUUCAGCAUGUUCUGGUUCAAAGCUGGAUCCAACAGACCCUAUCCAAAUAUCAUCUACACUGAUGGUAAAAGAGCUGAUAACUGUGAGAAAAGUCCAAACACCCAAAAAAAAUGUAUCUAUAACUUCCCCAAGAACAUCAGCUCCUCUGAUCCUGGGACUUACUACUGUGCUGUGGCUACAUGUGGAGAAAUCUUAUUAGGAAAUGCAAUCAGAAAGGAAGGAGGUGAAACACCAUGUUAUGGAAAUAUGAUUCUGCUGAUCACAAUAAUCUUUUUGACCAUUUCUUUGAUUGUACAUAUCUUUUUGAUUUGUUACCGAACUCAAUCCUUUGGAUGUAAAAUAUUCAAAGAAAGCCCCUCAGAAGCAGAAAGCAACAACUUUAACCAACAAAGUGAUGACAUUCGUGAUGAAGGCCAGGAUCUGGUCUACUCUGCAUUACAUUUUUCUGGAGGGACGAAACCAAAAGGAAUUAAGAAGAGAGAACUGAAGACUGAAGAAAUGGUGUAUUCCGAAGUCAGACCAUCAGGUUGAAUGAAUGUCGCAAUUAAAUUUCUAUUUUCUGAAAAUAAUAAACGUAGU